AUGCCCUCCGACCUCUCAUACUGGCUCAUAUCCGCCCCACUCAAAGAUGGGGACCCGAGUGUCAUGCUCGAAGAGGUACAGCGGGCGCUCCCGGGCGUACCUGUUGGAGGUUGGGAGAUCCCAGAGCUGAAGACCGGCACCCUCUCCGCCCUCCUCACCCUCUCCGACAACCUCCCAAAGCUCGAUACGCAGUUCACAGCUACCGUUACAAAGUGCCACGACACGCUCCGGUCACUUGUAUCGGAUCCCAGGGAGCUAUCGCAGCAUACCCGAGUGAAUGACCGGCCGGCGGACGAGUAUGUGUUGCCAGAAGGACCAGGGGGGAGUGCGACGUUGGGACAGGGUGGGGGAUUGUGGAGGUGGGAUGCGGGAAGGUGGGGGACGGGAGGGAAGGUCGGGGAGGUGUUGGAAGCGCUGACUACGGAAAUGACGUCCAUCGACCAGCAACAGAAACAGCGGACACAAUCAUACAACCUCGCAAAAGGCGGAUUGACCAAUAUACAGCGAAAGAGAACAGGGAACCUGUCCCAAAGAUCUUUGCUGGACGUAGUGAGCAAAGGCGACCUCGUUGAGAACUCGGAGUUCUUAGAAACGUUAUUGGUAGCUGUACCAAAAAACAUCGUCAAGGACUGGGAGGUCAAGUAUGAAAGAUUGACGAGUAUGGUCGUCCCCCGAAGUUCUCAGCAAAUAGCAGCAGACGAUGAAUAUGUCUUACAGACAGUCACGGUGUUCAAGAAGGUCCGGGAUGAGUAUGUGCACAAGUGCCGGGAGAACAAAUUCAUCGUGCGGGAUUUCAAGUGGGAUGAUGAGGCGUAUGAGAAGCAGCAGCAGGAAUUGGCGGAUCUGGAAGUGGAGGAGAAGGAGCUCUGGACCGACCUCCUCAAACUGACCCGUAUAAACUUCUCCGAAUCCUACCAACUCCUAUGCCACCUCAAGACCGUCCGCCUCUUUAUCGAGUCGGUCCUCCGCUACGGCCUCCCCGCCGACUACGCGGGCGUCGUCGUCCGCCCCGACGCCUCCAAAUCCGGCAUGGCGGGCAAAACGCUCAAAGCGCUCGGCAACCACUUUCAUUAUCUCGCGGGUGCGUCCAAGGCGCCCGAGCGUAAGAAGGGCAAGGGCGGUGCGGGCGCGAGCGGGAAUGAUGGAGAGGUCGGUGGAGAGUGGGCGGGAGUUAUGGAGAUGGAGUACUUUGACUUUGUGCUGUUUGAGGUGCCGAUGGUUCUUGCCGAGACGAAGUAG